AUGUCAGCAACCGUUUCGCCUGCUGCGCCGCAGAGGCAUGCUCGAAUUCUCGCAUGUGUUCUCUGCCAGCAUCGCAAGAUCAAAUGUGAUCGCAAUUCUCCUUGCUCUAACUGUAUCAAGGCAAACGUCACAUGUGUUCCGAGUACACCGGCGCCUGCGCGCAAACGUCGCCGCCCUAAUCAAGACCUACAAGAGCGUCUGGCAAGAUGCGAAGAACUACUGAAGCAAUAUGCAGACGGCUCUGCACCAGGCCAACAGCCGCCGCCGACGCUGCAGACGGCGACACCAGCAGUCAGCGAACCUGUCAUGUCGGAUAGGUCGGAGUCUGCACCUCUCGGAACCGAAAAGCAGGGAAAUUGGAAACCUGCUUGUCGAAUGGUCAACGACGAUGGAAGUGUUCGAUUCAUGGAUAGCUACAUCUGGGCUACAGUUUACGAAGAGCUGCAAGCCAUGCGAGACAUUGUUGAGACCGAGGACCCUGAGGACUCUAGUAUACUUGGCUCAGAAGAGCUAACACCAGAAAACAACACCGACCUGUUCUUCCCUGGUGAUCUCUCCACUGCCAACACCGAGGACCUCGUCCCAGACCCCAUCCAUGCAUUCAAACUAUGGCAACUAUUCUUGGAUCGCGUCAACCCCUUGUUCAAGGUGGUACACGUUCCUACAGUUCAGCCUAUGGUAAUGGAAGGCGCCACAAAUAUUAGCAACUUACCUCACCACCAACAGGCGCUUGUUUUGUCCAUCUACACAACUGCCGCGCUUUCUCUGACAGAGGCGGAGUCUAUUCAGCUGCUCGGUAUGUCCCGGGAGUCUGCCAUUCAAAAAUUCUUGGCUGGCACAAAGGUGGCAUUAAUACGAUUUAACUUUUUGAAAAACUAUAAUAUGACUGCAUUGCAGGCGCUUAUUCAUUUCAUGCACUGCCUGCAAGGACGGUAUGAUCGCCAUGCCGCUUGGGUUCUUACUGGCACCAUUGUACGUAUCGCGCAAAAGAUGGGCUACCACCGCGACGGCGAAAUUCUUGGACUAGAACCUUAUGAGACAGAAAUGCGCCGGCGCCUUUGGUGGCAGAUUAUUAUUCAAGACUCCAAAUACGCCAUGUUGUCCGGCCUCAGCCAGUCUCUGCAACCCUUACAUUGGGAUACCAAGACGCCCCAAAACGUCAAUGACGCAGAUCUCUUCCCCGGCUCAACAGAGAAGAUUCAACCUCGUGACGGCCCAACCGAGAUGGCAUUUGUUAUGAUGAUGAACGAGAUAUACAAGUUCAAGAUGCAUGCAGACAGCAACAACCAAGGGCCGGCUUUCGAAGCUGCGAUCUUGGGACAAGACUUGAGUUCAGAUAAGGAGGCGUCCAAUGCUAUGCAUCAGAACAUUUUUGCUAAGUUCCGCCAACAAUGCAGAGAGCUGGAUGAGAAAUUACUAUCAAUGGAGCAAAAAUACAUUGAUGUCAAUGCCGGCAAUGUGCAUCGUGCGGCCAAAGGGAUCCGGCAGAUGCUCAUGGGGAGAAUUCAAGAUAUGAUGGUACCAAUUCACGAGCAACCCGAGUACGGCACUGAAAUCUUCGGCCCCAAAGACAAUCUCUUCAAGAUUUUCGUCUUGGGAACGGAACAGAGACUGGAUCAGUACCCUCCCAUGGCCGAGUGCGGGUUUAUGUGGUUUGUGAAAUCGUACUUUCAGCUAGAUGUGUUUGCUGUUAUGACUGGGCAAUUAUGCCAGCGGCCGACUGGCAGCUUAGCGGAUCGCGGGUGGGCAGGUGUCGAGCGACUAUACACAUACCACACGGAGCUGUUUGACAUGUCACAGAAGCAAUAUUCUGUGCAAGCCCAAAUAACACUGAAGGGCUGGAAACUGCGUGAGCAAGCAUUCAUGCAAGCUGGCCAGCACUUGGAGACACCACAGUUCAUCCAACGGCUGCGAGAGCUUUUACCUUCAUAUGAUUCGCGAUCCUCCGCGCAGUCUGGCGCUACCCCUCCCAUUUUCAAUCAAAACGAGUCUCAGCGGCAAGCUACGGCUUUGUUUCAAAGCCCCCAAACGCAAAAGAUGCCUCAGCCGAAUCUCAUGCAACAGCAGCAGCAGCAGCAAGGUGCCAAUGUGGACCCUUUCUUGGGCGGCCUUCUCGACAUGUCGAGCGUAAAUUGGGACAUGUUUGGGGACAUGAUGAACCCCCAAGAACAGCUUUCUGUAGGGAUGUUUGGAUAUGGCGGGUUUCCUGGCGCGACCGACGGCAGUCUAGCAGGCAAUUCCAAUAACAUGAAUACGGGGCAAUUUCGAUAG